AAUCCGCUGUGGGGUUGGCUUUUUUAUUUUCACUGUAAACAUUCUUUCGAAUAUAGCGAAUUUAAAGCAACUUAAGGCAAAGUUAAAGUUGAGUCUCGAAUGCAGUUAUUUUAUCUAUAUAACCCCCACUUGUACAUUUUUAUUGUAUUAUUUUCCACCCUGUGUGACUGGAAUGGUACAGUCCGGAACUUGAACUAUUUUGCGGGAGCAGCAGCGGGAAGCUGUUUGAGUUCCUCCGACGAACAGCUUAUAUAACGUACUAAACCUACAGUUGUUCGUAAUGAGUGCCAAAAAGCGACGGGGAACCAGAGUGCCGGCAGCGCCUCCAGUGGAGAGCGAAAAAACGUCAGCUUUUGAUCAAAUGGAUUCCACCAACCUGUCCUCUAUAGACAAAGCUAGCUUCCUGGCAGGGUUGCAGCCAAAUUAUGGAAACCCUCUGCACAGUACCGCCAUGGAAGAAGAUUUAAAUGUGCCUGAAGAAGAACAGAACAGACCAGAAAACCCAGGAAAGGCCAACGGCGGACAGCGUGGAGCUGCUGUAAAGAGGAAGGUGGCAGAGGAAGGUCGAGAGAAUAGGAAGGAAGAAAAGAAGGUAGAGAGGGGCAGGAGAAGUGCUGGUGAGAAGGGCCAAACCAGCCCUGAGAAGGAAGCCACUGCAGAUGAACAUGCAAAGCCACAUGUGGAGGUACAUAAAUCUGUCCCAGAGAAGGACAGUCAGCCUGCUCCUAAAGCCAUACAGAAGCGUUUAAUUGGGAAGAAGCCUGCCAAGAGGAGAAGUGCAAGGCCUGUGAAUAAUCAGCAAAGGACGGAGGACAAGAAGAGAAAAAGUGAGUCUGCUAGUGGAAGAUCCAGUGACAGUCAGUCACAGAGCUCUGGCCCCGCCCCACAGAAGAGCAGGCGAGUGCUUUCAUCUGAUGAGGAGGAUGUGGAUGAAGACUCCAGCUGGAAUCCAAGUCCAAAGAAGGCCGUGAGGGGAAGCUUGGGAAGAAUGAAAAAGUCUUUGUACGAGAAAUCCAAAGCUAGGAAGUCUUCAUCAGGCAGUGGAUCUGGAGAACCAGAACAGGCCAGCACAGGCAAGCAGAGGAGGAAGAAACGAGGCCAACACAGAGGGACAGAGUUGGAGGUGCUGCUGGAUUCCUUCCUUGACUUCUGUGAGCAGUACAGGAACAUGGCUGAUGGUGACAUGCAGAGAAGUGGGGACACUGUAGAUGCUGCAGUUUGUGGAAAUGGGGAAAAUGCAGAGGCAGCAGGAAGUUGCAAGACUACUGAGGAAAAGGACUGGAACAGCAGCAAACCAGAAGCCGCUUACCGCUACAAGAUGGACUACCCCUGCAUUGGCACCUGUGUGAUUAUCAACAACAAGAACUUCCACUCAAAAACAGGGAUGGGCACUCGUAAUGGGACAGAUGUUGAUGCUGCCAGUGUUGCAAAGACCUUCAAAAACCUGGGUUACAAGGUCAAAACAUUAAAUGACCAGACUGUGGCUGAGAUGAAAAGGCUGUUGUUAGACGCAUCCAAAGAGGACCACAAGAACAAUGCAUCAUUUGUGUGUGUGAUGCUUAGUCAUGGGGAUGAGGGUGUCAUAUACGGCAUUGACGGCUGUGAAAAGUUUGAUACGCUGGUACAGUGCUUCAAAGGAAAGCACUGCAAGGGUCUGGUGGGGAAACCAAAGCUCUUCUUCAUACAGGCAUGCCGUGGUUCAGCCCUGGAUGAGGGAGUCAUUGAGACAGACAGUGUAGGAGACGAGCAGGCGUCUGAGAAGAUUCCUGUGGAGGCCGACUUCUUAUACGCCUAUUCCACCGCUCCAGGAUACUACUCAUGGAGAAACACAAGCAACGGCUCCUGGUUCAUACAGAAGUUGUGUGAGAUGUUGGAGCGCUACAGUGGGAAGCUGGAUCUGAUGCAGAUCAUGACGCGAGUCAGCUACGGUGUUUCACGCCAGUUUGAGUCGUCCUGCAACCUGCCUGGAUUUAGCAACAAGAAGCAGAUCCCUUGUAUCGUCUCUAUGUUGACCAAAGACUUUUACUUCCCCGUCUAGAUUUACAUGGUUGAACCUAAUAUCUACCCUCUGGCCACCUUGAAUGUAUACAGUCUGUUGUGGUGUGUUGAGCAGGAUAACAAUGAUUUAUUGUCACUAUACCGAAAUGCACUUUGCACUGAGGUAAAAACACAUCAGUGUUGGAUGAUUUUAGUGUUCGGUCUUGUUUGGGAAACACAAAACACUAUUAGUUCCAUAGUUAAAAAUGUAUUACAAUAAAAAAAACCUUAUACUGAUGCGACAGCUUCCAUCUUUUGUCAUGUGAUCAUGCUGUAGGUUUGACACUUCAUUCUGUUGCAAUGGCCCAAAGUCCAGACCUCAACCUGACUCAACUGUUUACAUGCAGUAUCUCUCACAGAGGAAACUUUAAUAUCACCUGUCAAAAUCUCACUUGUUUUAUUCUGAAUUUUACACACAGGAAUAAGAUCAUUGAUCCAACUGACCAAAUCAUUGACACAGCUGGUUUGAAACGUUUGAAGAAAAUUCAGAUCAGCUGAUGGUUCAGUAGUAUUUGCUUUAAAAGCAUAUGUGUGGAUAUAACCUGUAACACAAUGCUACCACAAACACACCUGAGAUUGUAUGUAGAGCAAAGUUGCACCAGCAAUGUCUAAACUAAAGCAUUAUGGAAAAUUACAUAGGAUAAAUUAUCAAUAUGUUUAAGGCACAAGUAAAGAAGUUCAAGCCUCACAAAUAACUGAACUCAUUUUAUGAAAAAAAAAAAAGAAUGUUCUUGAAUUUGCCAAAA